AAAAGAAGAAGCUCAAUGUUUUAGAAAGAAAGAAAGAAAAAAAAAAUGCUUAUUGAUGUGCCACAAACACUGCGAAAAUUAAACGCGUCAUUUUUUUCAAGUUGUGAUAAAAGAGGAGAAACCCUUCCCUUCUUUUUUUUCCUCCAUGUCAAAUAAUCAAGAUCAAGAACUUUUAAUAGAGUUACAAGGACAAAUUAAUCAAUUGCUAGAGAGUCAUGAAUUACAAGAUCUUACAAGUUGGCCUACAGAAGGGGAGUUGGAUACCUUGAUUGCAGUAGAACAAGGUCAAGCCUUUCACAUUACUCUUCAGCGUGAUCCAUUACCCUCCAUUCCCCUCACUGUGCUUCAGUCCUCCAGUGUGCUCCAAAUAAAACACAUGAUUAAACUUCAACUAGAGAAAAUGGAAAAGAAGAAGAAGGGUCGACAAAGAAGGAUCAGCUGGAAAUAUAUCUGGAGAUCCUAUUGCCUCAUGUUUGAUCAUACGAAGCUCUCGGAUGACAAUGCAGUCGUGAGUCAGUUGGGAAUAAAACAAGAUAGUGUCUUGAGAUUUUCUCGGUUAGCACACGCAAAGGGGCAUCAUAGGAAAGCCUGGCGCCACCGAUGAGGUAUUUUUUUUUUUUUUUUCCUUUUUAAAGAAAUAAAAUAUCGGACCUGCAUCAAAAUUCAAUGUUGCAAACAACUUAAA